CAAAACGCACCGUGCACGUGUGAUUUCGAUGAGGAAAAAAAAGUUUGCACUCAAGAAGCAGCGCCAGAAUCUCCUUCAGUAAUUGUGUUCUAACUGAGUGCGGGUAUGCGAAGUAUAUGCGAAGAUGCUACAGCAAAUCAACCAUUGAUCACGUUCUGCUUUGCUGUAAAGUGCCCAAGUGAUUUUUGAAGUUGAUCAAAGCGAAGCGAAUCGUGCAUACAACACAAAGAGUAGCAACGAAAAAAGAUAAAUUAGCGUGUGGUGUGCCUCGUUUUAUCACCGAGAGGAAGGGAAAGAUCUUGGCAUCGUAAGAUUUUCUCCAUUUUCCACUUGUGCCUUCGAGUGCCGAACGCAGCGACGCGUAAAUCUAAGCGAAUGAGUGAGUGAUGAGAGGAAAAUUGCAGCAUCCGCAAGCAAAUCUGUGUUUUAUAAGGCGAGAAAGAUCGUUCUUCUUCUGCUGGCUGGUCCGUGGUUUGUGACUUCGCCAAGCAGGCAGGGCAUCGAUCUGCAAAUUGAAGUGCUCAAGUGUUUGUGCGUAUUUUUUGUUUUUUGCUGUAUGAUUUAUAUUUUUUUGCUGUGUCUGUGGAAGCUGUAUUUUAUGUUGUGCGAAUGAUGCCGCGAUAAGAAGCAAGAGUGUUUGAAGCGACGAAAUUUUGAUUUAAAAAAUAAGUCCUCUGUGUCGUUUUGAGUGUUGAGCGGGCAUCAGGCCGCAGACGGGCAAGGAUACCUUUCCCAUGGUUGGCGUUAACCUGUAGCUAUUCCGGGGUGCUUUCCAUCGAUGCUACCAACGUACGGCAUCAACACGCCAACCGUGCACACCAUGAGCCAGCAGCCGCCUACCGAUGCACCGUCCGCGUACGUCCAGCAGCGACCGAAGCCAGUCUGAAGGAUUGCUCCAACCACGAUAAAGGGCGCCCGGCAGGGGUUCGCAGCAAGUUGCAAGUUUAGUUGCAGCAACGCCCCCCAUUAGGCGUAUCAAUUUUCAUCUUCCUUCAAACCCUUACACACACGCACGCACCGCGACUGUGAGUCAGCAAGGCCAUCGCCACCAUGUCGCACCGUAUGUCGCCAAAGACGCGGGUCGUGUUCAAGUUCAUCUUCGGGCUCGGCAUCUGGUCGUUCCUGGUGCUGGGCUUCUUCAAGCUGAACGGCGACCCGGUGAUGCCGCACCAGUUCCAGCAAUCGCCCAUUAACGGCCGGCUGCUGCUAAACAAGGACAACCGAUGGACCGGAAAUGAGGCCACCUCGACCACCACCGACCGCUACCUGUCACCGGCCGGGCUGGCGGGCGCAAUGGCCGGCGUUGACGAGGUGCUCGUCGAUAAUCGUGCCGUGAUCGAUGACGAGCAGCUGGUGCGGGACGUGGAAUCGCGGCUUCCUUCGCUACCGAUCGCGUACUGGAGCAAGCACAAGAACGUGGUGCAGAAGAAGGCAUCAUGCGCCCGCUAUCCGUCAAUCUUCGAGCUCGAGUUCAACAACAUCUACUGGCAGACGCUGCGCAGCACGAACGGUACGUUCCAGCUGUACGGUGCGUACUACGACAUCCGGAAGCGAUCGCGCAUCGGGCCGGCCGUACGCAUCCUCGGGAUGAUCGACCGGAUUGAGCCGCGGGUGAAGACUUUCUGUCAGCUGUGGUUCGACGGCCAGAAGGAACCGUUCAUCGUGAAGACGUUCGAGUACAAGUACAUCUGGUUCAACAAGUGGGGCAACUACAAGCAGGGCAUCUAUCAGCCGUAUCUGAUCGCCUGUCAGAUCCCGAAACCAUUCCGCGGGCUCGUGCCGGCUUCGGUUUCGCUGGUGGAGAAGCAGUGCGACACGGCCACUAACAAUCUACGCGUGCUGUACAACCGACCGCUGGACGAUGAAAAGCGGGGCUUUGCCGUGUGCGUCAAAGGGUUGGACUUCCUGUACGACGAUCUGUCGGUGCGUUUGGUCGAGUGGAUCGAGCUGCUGGGCAUGCUCGGUGCGGACAAGGUGUUCUUCUAUGAGCUACAGGUACAUCCCAAUAUCUCCAAGGUGCUGCGGUACUACGAGGAACAGGAUCGAGUGCACGUAACGCCACUGACACUGCCGGGUGGGCAACCGAACGUGCCCGGCUUCCAGCAUCUUUUCCUCUCGAAGAAGACGACCCACAAGCGGCAGAACGAACUGAUACCGUACAACGACUGUCUGUACAAGAACAUGUACAAGUACAACUUCAUCGCACUGCUCGACAUCGACGAGGUGAUUAUGCCACGCCGACCGGAAGACCGUACCUGGCACGAUCUGAUGAAACGUGUGGUCGCAAAGGGCAUGAAGCUAAAGAACGACACAUACCCCAGCUACAAUGUACGCAACGUGUACUUCUUCGAUCGGGGUGAUCAGCACGACCACGAAUGGGCGAAGGAUACGCCGCGGUACAUGCACAUGCUGCAGCACGUGACGCGCGCGAAGAAUUUCACCAAACCCAACCAGUACGUCAAAUGCUUCCACAACCCGGAACGGGUACUGACGCUGCAUAAUCACUUUCCGAUCGCGUGUCUCGGCGGUACCUGUCACUCGUACCCGGUGUCUACGGAUGACGCACAGCUGCAGCACUACCGGGCCGAUUGUGUGCGAACGCUGAAGAAGAGCUGUGAGGAGUUCAAGGAGAAUCAGGUGCGUGAUACCACGAUCUGGAAGUACAAGGACGAGCUGAUACAGCGUACGCGCCGUACGCUAGACGUGCUCGGGUUCUUCAAACCGUCGUCGACGGGCGGCGGCGGUGGAUCGCUGUUGCGCGGUGGCAAGGACUCACUCUACAAACGGUGACUGUUGGCCCGGGUUCGAAGUCUGUUUAGUCUCUAGUAGGAGCGCGAUCUGUGAGCGAACUUUAAGUCGAUCCGGUGGGAUGUAAAAGUGUGACAGAAUACACCACUACUAGUACUACUACUACUACUACUGUUACAGCUAUUUUGAGUAUAAGUACUACUAUUACUUCUACUACUGCUACUACAACUACUACUCCAGCUACCAGUAAAAAUAAGUCUAAGUUAUGUAGACGAUAACGGUUGCGAUAGUAAAAAUGGUGCAAACGAUGCAAUGUAUAAAGCCACUAAGCUAUGUUGGGGUGCGGUUAAACUAAAAUGGGAUUAGUACAUAUUGUAUGCUAGGAAAGGGUUCCUAGGAUUCCAAGCGAUGAGAGGUUAAUGUUCGAACAUUUGUGAGCAGUGUGCAUAUUAGACGAGAGAAGCUUCGAACUUGCACUAUACGGGAUAAACCUGUGAGGCCUUCCCGUGUAUAUGUGUAUGUGUAUGUUUUGUGCAUAACCCUAGCGAUCCCGUAAUUAAGUAGGUUUGUGAUAGUCACUCCCUAUUCCCCUCCUCGAUCAAUCGCUCGAUCGUUUAUUCAGUCCCACAUGAGAGUGUUUGAAGGUGAAUCUGUAUGCACGCGAAGUUGUCUUCUUAAGAUGAUACAUCUGUAUGACUGCGAUUGUACAAAGCGGUGGUGAUAGCAGGGAAUGAAUGAAGUAAUACAAAAUAGUAAUCGAAAUAUCGUUUCGAACCGAGUGCGUUUCGCCCAAGUAGAUCCCAUUUGCACCCAGCAGGGUGCAUCUUUUCAUUUCAUCCGUUCCUAACCGUUCCACGGUCGAUCCACUACGCAUUGCUUGUGACUAAAGUAACAGCGAAAGAGAGAGAUUUCCUACUUACUCCAAAAAGCAGGCAAUGCGCCUAAUGCUUUACUCUACCAUAGCAUCUUAAAACGUUAGCCGUCCCGGUUCACUGGGUCUGCAAGGAUGAGCUGAAACGAUUUUGCAACAAAUUUCACGCACAACUCACGAUCGAUUCACUCAUCAACCACACGUUGUCGCAGCGUUCGAACGCGCUUCGUUGACUCCUUUCCUCGUUGUUCUAUUUAUAUACGAAUUAAGUAAAAGCAUAUGAUAGUUAAGCGUAAGAACCGUGACCGGAUAGGAUAAAAAACGUGAGCAACCUACGCGACACCGGUAUCGUCGAUAAUAAUGUUGUACGACUCAACGAUAGCGUGACGGCAGCUCUUCAUGGUCAUUGUGACGCCAAACGUUUAGGAGGAUCCUUUAGGAGAAAGACGGAAACGAUACGAGACGCAUGUUUGAGAUUGUAAAAAUAGCACCGAUCGCUGCGAACACUAACAACGGCGAGGUUAAGCAAGACGUUGUCAAGACAACCGCGUAUACCACGCGUACCACGGUAUUAGCUAGGAAUUUUGUUAAUUAGGUACUAUUGAAGAAUUGCUCUAUCGAAUACCUUUGUAUAUAUGAAAGACUGAAUUCGAGAGGUUUUUGAAGUGGAACGCUAAAAAGGAAUUGCAGCGACAGUGAAGUGUAAAACGUUACGAACGGCACGCUUCCUGGUGACGCACAUUAAUGGCAACGGUAAACGGAAGAUAACAAGCUCUUAAUCCUGUUGAUGAUGUUAUGUAAAAACACAGGCAGACAGUGCCUAAAGGUAUGCAAUCCGCAUGACAAUAUUUCCUAUUCCAGCAAGCGCUUGUUAGUUUCCGUUUAUCUUGUUGAGGAGUUUAUCAACAGGGCAAAUGGAGGUGUAACAAUGAUAAAACGAAAAAAAACUUCUGUGGCAAUUUUACGGUGCAGAAAGGCAAAGAAUGUUUAUUAUUUAUUGUGUCAACAUGGUGCACUCGUUUAGAUUUUUUCCCCACAAUAUUUCGUUAUGUUCAAUCAAUUACUAAGACAGACAGGUACAUAUCGAGUGAAGGAUUAAAACGUAAAAUUAUCACCAAACCA